AUGUUGAAUGCAUUCGAUACAGUGCUAACACUUACCUUCCAUGGCACAUCUCCCGCGUCACGGAGUGUGCAAGAAGUUGCUGUGGGGGUCCUGAUUCUCUUCGUUGCUGGUUUCUGCCUCCUCACGAUUGCCCGACCGCGCAAGCGAUCUAAACCCUUGGGCCAUACUCCAGCGCAUCUGCUUCCACCGAUUAUAGACAUUCCAUUACCAAAAUACGAUAAGGCCAGUGAAAUAUUUUCAUCCCCGCAGAAGGCCUAUGAAUCGGCCCUGAAGAAUCGUGGACCCGUGAUUGGAGUGUGGAGGAAAGGAAGGCUCGAGUAUAUCGUUAACGAGGAGUAUACCAAGGAGGUCCUAUCGAAUGACCAAGACUUCAGCUUCGAACGUGGAACAGCUAGUGCCCUAAACCUGGAGUUUAUAAUACCCCUGAGCAAAGGCAAGUUUUUCAAGGACAUACACAUGAUGGUCACCGGUGGUAUCAUCCCAAGGAUGGAAAAAAUAGUGGAUCAGAUAUUUCCCACCUUCAAACAUCAAGCUCAUGGAAUUGUAAAAGACUCCCAGCUAUCAGGGAAUGAUGUCAACCUGUUCGCGCACCUGCACCGCUGCAUCGCGGAGGCAAUGUUAAUUACCAUCGUGGGUGAGAAAUAUGUCAGCGACCGUACCCUGCAAGUCACAGAGGAGACAGCACAUGCCAUCGCAACCAUGACGGGUAUCUACCAAAAUCUGUUGCCUUUCGCACGGACAUUCCCGAAGACAUGGAAGGUUAUAACAUGGGCGAGACUGGUGGUGAAAGUCAUUAUAUUCCAAUAUUGUCACGUCAUCGUACCCAUCAUAUGGAGAGAAAUUUGCGGACACAAAUACCGGCCCUUAAACUCACGUGUAUCGGAGUACAUCGACGAAGAGGAAAGACACGAUGAGCCCCUCGUCCACUACGUUGCCAGAAUGUACACGGACUCCCAAGGUCAUGUUUCCAUUCUUUCUGCAAUGUGGGUAUCUACCCUAGUACUCGCCAUUUCGAAACCCCGGAGACUGACACAGAAACUUGCCAGUUUUAUUUUCGCAUCUGUACACCAAACAGCUGCCGUCGCAGUCUGGGUGGUAUUCGAAUUGUCCAUUCAAAAGGAGUACUUAGCUUCCGUACAAGAGGAGUUAUCGGCGAUCGCGGAUGGUAUAGACAGUGGCGGUGUCCACAAGUUGACAUACGAUGCCUUGCGACGAUCGACAGUCCUUGAUUCUUUCAUCCGCGAAGUCCUCAGGACAAAAGGGGACACCUUGAGUGCGGCCCGUGAAACAGUCCGUGACGUUUCUCUAGCAGGAUACACCAUUCCAGAAGGCAGCUUCGUCUCUCCAAUGGCUACUCUCACGCAUCGCAGUCGCACGCUAUACAGUGAGAAGGCUGCCGAGUUUGACCCGAACAGAUGGCUGGAGGGACCCGCCUCGUCGACGAUAGAUCCAGGGUACUUGCCUUUCGGUUUCGGAAGAUGGGCGUGUCCUGGUCACAUUCUAGCGGUUACUGAGAUCAAGAUGAUCGUACUUACCUUGCUAGCAAUCUCGGUGCCUGAAGUUGAGGGCGGUGAAUACAUUGUGGUAGAUCCCAUGAACGUGACGAGCGUCCCUCCAGUCGGACGACUCCUUCUGCAUCCACUGAAUCCAAAGCCAAAUAACAACUAGCUGCAGGCCGCUGCGAAUACCGAGUGGAACAUUGUACGAAUUAGUUAUCAGUGGAAAAAAUCCAAAUCUGUUUC